AUGAUCGAGUUCGCUUCUCAGAUUGUCACUAAGAAGCUGAACUACCACCAUCAAACCGACAUAAUACAGAAGCACAGCAGUCACAGUCUACCGAUUAGGCGAAAGGUAUUCUGGACAGACUCUAAGACCGUCCUCGCUUGGAUCAAUUCCAACCACCGACGCUAUAGACAGUUCGUAGCCUGUAGAAUAGGCGAGAUUCUGUCGAAAUCAAAUCCCGAGGAGUGGAGAUACGUACCAUCGGGGCUCAACGUUGCAGACGACGGUACAAAGUGGCGAAACAGACCAAAUUUGAAGCCCGACGGUCGCUGGUUCAGAGGACCGGAGUUCCCAAGAAGUUCGGAGGAACAAUGGCCUCUACAAGCAGAUGCAGAACUCACCGAAGAGGAAAUAAGGCCUUGCCAUAUCCACAUCAACGACAAGCAAGAAGAGAUUAUCGAUGUGGGCCGAUUUUCGAAGUACGAAAGACUCUGGCAGACAGUUGCUUACAUCUAUCGCUUUGUGGAUAACAGUCACCGAAAGCGAACAAAACAACAGUUAUUGACUUCCCAUCUCAGCAGCGAAGAACUUGCAAGGGCCGAGAAUGCUAUCUGGCGACUGACUCAACAAUCCGCGUUUCCUGAAGAGAUGGUACAACUCAAGAAGACGCAGCAAGGGCACCGGUCAAAGCUUGAUCGUACCAGCCGAAUCUACAAACUAUCGCCAUUCAUCGACGAACACGGAGUCAUCCGAAUGGACACACGAAUUGCCGGGGCAAUAUUUGUGCCAUACGAUACCAAAUUUCCCAUCAUCCUUCCGAAAGGACACCGCCUAACCAACCUGAUCGUUGACUGGUACCACAGACGCUACCUUCAUGGAAACCGUGAAACAGUCACCAAUGAAGUCCGGCAACGAUUCUAUGUGCCUUGUCUACGUGCACUCGUGCGGAAUGUAGCAAAUUCUUGUAUGUCGUGCAGAGUGUCAAAAGCUAAGCCAUCAUGCCCACGCGAAGCACCGCUUCCGGAGGCGAGACUCAGUCCCUUCAUCCGACCAUUUACGCUCAUGGGUCUUGACUAUUUCGGCCCUAUCAUGGUCAAAGUCGGACGAUCCUUAGUCAAACGAUGGGUGGCAUUGUUUACGUGCCUUACAAUUCGAGCAGUCCAUCUGGAGGUAGUGCACUCCCUGUCCUCGGAGGCAUGCAAGAUGGCUAUUCGUCGAUUCCUAGUUCGGCGUGGAUCCCCUUUGGAGAUAAGGAGCGAUAAUGGUACUAACUGCCUCGGAGCUAGCCGUGAGCUGCAGCAGUAA